UCCCUCCUCCCCCUCCCCCCUCCCCCCCUCCCUCCUGCUGCUGCUGCCAUACCGGGUAGGUUUCCAGUCAGUAUGGCGGCUCCCACUGCGGCUGGGAAGGUCGGGGGAAAGUUUUCCUCGUCGACGGACUCCUGAGGGAGGCAGAAAGCGAGAGAGAGAAGGUUGGGAAGGCAGGCAAGAACGCUCCAGGCCUGCACCUCAGCCAAGAAGCAGCAGCAGCAGGAGACACCUGCAGUGCCCUGGCCCCUCUCCUUCCCUUUGGCCAUCGCCUGCUGUCAGAUCUGCCUCCCUGCUCAGGAAAGGCCACCGCCUGGGAUGCCUCCCCAGGUGCAUGGAGCCCUCUUGGCCGGGAAGAGCGCUCCCCUGCCUCCCAGGAGCAUUGGGCGGGCGGCCCUUUGAGCCCUCCUGCCUGGGCCUGAGGAGGAGGAGGAGGAGGUGGAGGAGGACAGGCUUCUUUCUCCCUUCGCCUUGAGGUGCCUGACUCUGCCUUGAUGCCCGAGGAAGACGAGCCGUGGACUCACCCCUGGACUGGGCUGACCAUCUUUUCCUCACGUUGGGUUGUUUUGCAGUCCUUUGGCCCUUCCUUCCCCCGUUUCCCCACUCCCUGAAUCUUGCCUCGCGCGCGAGGGAAACUCCUGGGGCCUGUUGAUGGAAGGGAAAAGCGCGAUUACAUCCCAAACAGGAAUUUUCGCGUGAGUCAUUCGCUUGGAGUUACAGCCAUCCCCACCUUAAUUUAACAAGCUCUGUUCCUCUUCAGAUGCUUGUCCUCAUUAUUGACAGACAUGGAUUAAAGUGGAACUUUGCAGACUCGCUGCCGGAGACAAUGGGGCUUUUUUGCUGGAUUAUUGCCUGCACUGGUUCACACACUGAAAGUAUGCGUUGUUAGAUCUCACUGGCAGAUAAUGUUUGCCCUGCUUUAAUGUGAAGUGUUGCGAGGUUUUUGCUCAUCAACUGUGGAGGGUGGCUUGGGUCAAGAAGAGUUUCUCUUCUUUCCUGGUUGGUGUGGCACCGCAUAUCUCUCCUCGAUGCCUUCAGCCUUGGCUAUCUUCACUUGCCGCCCGAACUCUCACCCGUUUCAAGAACGCCAUGUCUACCUGGAUGAGCCUGUCAAAAUUGGGCGCUCAGUGGCUCGAUGUCGACCCGCUCAGAAUAAUGCCACCUUUGACUGCAAGGUCCUGUCUAGGAACCAUGCACUUGUCUGGUUUGAUCAGAAGACAGGAAAGUUCUAUCUUCAAGAUACUAAGAGUAGUAAUGGUACCUUUAUAAAUAGUCAGAGACUGAGCAGAGGAUCUGAAGAGAGUCCACCAUGUGAAAUUCUGUCUGGUGAUAUAAUCCAAUUUGGCGUAGAUGUGACGGAGAACACGCGGAAAGGUAAGGUCACCCAUGGAUGUAUUGUGUCCACAAUUAAACUAUUUCUCCCAGAUGGUAUGGAAGCUAGGCUACGGUCAGAUGUAAUCCAUGCUCCAUUACCAAGCCCUGUUGAUAAGGUUGCUGCUAACACUCCCAGUAUGUACUCUCAGGAACUGUUUCAGCUUUCUCAGUAUCUACAGGAGGCCUUACACAGGGAACAAAUGUUGGAACAGAAGCUGGCCACCUUACAGCGAUUGCUUGCUGUCACUCAAGAGGCAUCCGAUACUAGUUGGCAGGCAUUGAUAGAUGAAGAUAGACUACUCUCAAGGUUAGAGGUUAUGGGAAACCAGUUACAAGCAUGUUCAAAAAAUCAAACAGAAGAUAGUUUACGAAAGGAACUUAUAGCAUUGCAAGAAGAUAAACAUAACUACGAGACAACUGCCAAAGAGUCCCUGAGGCGGGUCCUUCAGGAAAAAAUUGAAGUGGUCAGAAAACUUUCCGAAGUGGAGCGAAGUUUAAGCAACACCGAAGAUGAAUGUACACACUUGAAAGAAAUGAAUGAACGGACUCAGGAAGAACUGCAGGAAUUGGCUAACAAAUACAAUGGAGCUGUAAAUGAAAUUAAAGAUUUAACUGACAAACUAAAGACUGCUGAAGGAAGACAAGAGGAAAUCCAGCAAAAGGGGCAGGUUGAGAAGAAGGAAUUGCAGCAGAAAAUAGAAGAGAUGGAAGAGAGAGAGCAGGAACUUCAAGCAAAAAUUGAGGCUUUACAAGCAGAUAAUGACUUCACCAAUGAACGGUUAACUGCUUUGCAAGUCCGGUUAGAACAUCUUCAAGAAAAAGCUCUUAAAGAACACAACAGCUUAGGCAUACAAGUUGAUGACUUCAUUCCUAAAAUUAAUGGAAGCGCAGAAAAAGAGCUCUUUCUUUCAAAGAGUGGAGGGGACUGCACUUUUAUUCAUCAGUUCAUAGAGUGCCAGACAGACAAGCUCAUAGACGAAGGACAUCUUUCCAGAGUGGAUGAAACAAAGAUUCUGAAAGAAAAUCAGACAAAAGCUAAGGAAGCAGAAUUGUCAGAUACUCUUAGCCCAAGUAAAGAGAAAAGCAGUGACGACACUACAGAUGCUCAAAUGGAUGAUCAAGAACUGAAUGAACCUAUUGCUAAAGUAGCUCUCUUAAAAGCAGAUGAAUUGCAGGGUGCACAAUCAGAAACUGAGACUAAACAAGAAAUUCAACAGCUGCACAAGGAACUGGUUGAAGCCCAAGAGCUAGCUAGGACAAGUAAACAAAAAUGCUCUGAACUGCAAGCUCUUUUAGAAGAAGAAAGAAAGGCUUACAAGUUGCAAGCUGAAGAGUCCACCAAGCAAAUUCAAGUUCUCCAAGCUCAGCUUCUUCGGCUACAAGAAGACAUUGAACGUGUUCGUAAGGAAAAGGAGAACGAGAUCUCCAGUACACGGAAUGAGUUGCUUAGUGCUCAGAGUAAGAUCCUGUUACUGCAGGAAGUGGCUGAAAAGGCUGCGUCAGAAAGGGAAGUAGAUGUCACCUCUUUACAAGAAGAGCUUACAAAAGUAAGAGCGGAGCUCGAAAGGUGGCGCAAAGAGGCUUCUGAAUAUGAAAAAGAGAUUGUGAGUCUCCAAGCCAGUUUUCAGUUACGAUGUCAGCAGUGCGAGGAGCAGAAGAAAGAGGAAGCCACCCGUUUACAAGGUGAACUUGAAAAGCUGAAAAAGGAGUGGACUGUUCUUGAAACUGAGUGUCUUUCAUUAAAAAAGGAGAAUUCUUUGCUUGCGGAUGAACUUCAGCGACAGGAGAAGGAGCUGCAUAACUCUCAGCAACAUAGUCUGGCACUUACCAGUGACUUGAGUAUUCUUGAACUGACCCGAAAGGAGCUUGAAAAUAAAAUGGGUUCUUUGAAAGAAGAACAUCAGCGAGAUGCCACUAGUUUAAAAACUCUUCUUCAUGAGGCAGAAAACCAAGCCAAGGAUGUUCAAAAUGAGUAUGAAAAGACACAGACCAUACUCUCAGAACUGAAGUUGAAGUUUGAAAUCACUGAGCAGGAAAAGCAAUCAAUCACAGAUGAACUCAAACAGUGUAAAGAAAACCUGAAGCUGCUACAAGAAAAAGGAAACCAUAGACAAUGGCCUUGGAUGCCUGUGAUGGCAGCUUUGGUCGCUGUGACAGCCCUGGUGCUGUACCCAGGCCUAUCCAGAGCCUCUCCAUGAGAACUGUUUGUUGAAUCCAUACACCGUCCUCCCUUUAGAAGCUGGCAUCAUUCACAUACUGGGGGGGAAACCAGAUUCAUCCUGUUCCGUUUUUUACCUUAGUACCACAGAGUUUGGCUUCAGAGCAGCAGUAGGAUCAUUGCUUUAAAUUGUACAAAAUGUAUCUGUCUAUAAAGAGGGAAUAAAAUUAUUACUUCAUUCUGUUGUGAGCAAUAUUGUUGCUUACACUUUCAUGUAAUUCUUAAGGUAGUAUGUUUGAAUUCUAAAUACUGUUAUGGUGGCCUAAAGUAGGCUUCUUGGUACCAAAUUAUUUAUGGUGGUUAGGUGUGUGGAUAAUUUACUUAAAAAUCUGAUUGCCAGGUUGAAAGCAAUGCAUUAUUUCUCUGAUUUGGACUCCCAUGCCAAAUACUCGUUAAAUACUCAGAAGCAGGUGCAGUGUGCUCAGUGCCUUUCAGUUUGACUUUAUUUGUAUAUUAACAUACCAUUCUUAUUUUUUACUUGCUGUGAGUCACUGAGCUAUUGGGAACAAUUUUCUUUUUUUCCAAGUCUUCUGACAGAAACAAAUAUUUUUCUUCAGUAAAGGUCCUAUUUUGUUGAUGACUUGGAAAAUAGUACAAUUCAUUGUCAGCCUUAAAGAGCUCUAGAAGAAACUGAACGGAAAGCCUCAGUCUAGACUUCUUGUGUGCAGGUGUGUGCAUGUGUGUGCCUGAGUGAACUAAGGUUUUUCUGGGAGCAAAAUCUCGAUUUUUUUCCUGAUGGACAUAGUGCAGUGAUCCAACUUUUAGUUUGAAUGUAAUUUAUUAAAUCUCAUGUAUAUAGACACUAUAGAACCCAAUGUAUUUUCUCACAUAUCACAUUAUAGAAAUGAUUUUUCCAGUCACAUAUUAUAUCAAAAUAAGCUGGAGAAAUAAUAUUUGUCUCUUUAAUUGCGCUUUCAUUGGCAUAACUUCAUUAUGUGAAGUGCUUGAGUGGUUCUACUGUUAGGGAAAUGAAGAAAAAACAAAAAAUGCACAAGCCUUCGGGAAAGUUAGAAUAAUCUAAUUGGUCCUCUAUGCAACAACUUAAACUGAAAGAAUGUGCUUUCAAUGAAUAGAAGCUUUACACCACAGUUUAUAUGGCCUUAAUAUUAAUGUCUCCAGUAAGGGUUAACCUAUGAAUAGGGGCAUCUAUAAUUAAAGCCUGAGUGAAGUGCUGGCUUACACAACUGCUCUAUUCAUUAAGGUCUAUAAUUAUAUAAAACGAAUUGCAAAGUGAAACAAUUCAGCUGAUGGAAAUUUCACAGGAAGACUGCCUCAGAGUUUGGUUUAUUGGAUUGAAUGGCAAUCAACAGAUUUAAUUACAUAUUUAAAUAGAUUUUAGUUGUUAUUUGCCUUUGCGGUUUUGAGGGUCAUUUUACUUUAAAGUUUCUGUCUUGAGCUAUUUGGGAUUUGUUAAUGGGAGGAUCAUUUAGAUUUAAGGGAAUGUUAGUACACAGAUGUAGAAAAUGUCAUUUUUGUUCAUUUCAUUUUUUGCAGUUGAAGGAAGCUGUAACACACACACACAACACAUACAUAUACAUAUACACGCCAGUGGUACUUAGUACCUCUUGUAUAUAGGUUAUUGCAAAUAUUAUUCUGAAAAGGCUUAACUUCAGAAUUACAUUUUUAAAAGUAAAUAAUUGUUUUAAAUCUAUUUUGUAAAGAUAUAAAAGAAACAAUAGAAUUUCUGGAGUACAGAUUGAACUAUUUGCACUAACACACGUGAUGUGCAUGAUUUAAUAAAAUAACUUUACUCUCCCUA